AGCUGCAGAGCUUUUGAAAGUACAGAUUUCGGGGCAGGAGAUCCUGAUUCAGCAGGUCUGCAGGUGACUGAGGCAGCACAGGGGAAACUACCCAUCUCCUCAAGGCCACUGAAAACCAUCUGUGUCAAGGUAACAUCUGGAGAAACGAAAGGUCAGGAAAGGCCAAUGCCCCAACUGACCACCACCCAGUCCAGGACAGCCAGGCUGAGCCAGCCACCCGGGAGGCACUGCAGCGUGUUGGGGCUCAGCAUCACCAGCCCUCAGCUGCUCGGGGCACAGCCCCAUCUGGGCACCCAGCCACAGCCUCGUCUCCUGAGUAACCCCUCACAACCUCCUGUUCAGGUGCUCGUGCAGAGACCACUGCCCACCCUCCAGCAGGUUCGUGUGAAGAGAGUCCUGCCCCACCAGGCUCCAAAUGUACCUGGCACCACUUUGGCCCCUCGGUCAGCCUCCGACCUGCCUGCAACGACAUCUGUUUCAUCCAGUUCAGCAAAUUUAUUUAGUUCCAACUUGCAUACAAAACACACUGAGAAACUGAAAAAGUCUUUAAAAGUGAAAACACGUUCCGGGCGGAUAUCUCGACCCCCCAAGUAUAAAGCCAAGGAUUAUAAAUUCAUAAGAAUGGGGGAUUUGGCCGAUGGUCACCCAUCCGACUCAGACGACUACUCGGAACUGAGUGUGGGAGAAGACGAAGAGCAGCGGGAGAAGCAGGCGCUCUUUGACCUGCCCAGCUGCUCCCUGAGGCCCAAGACCUUCAAGUGUCAGAUGUGUGACAAGUCAUACAUAGGAAAGGGGGGACUGGCCCGGCAUUUCAAACUUAAUCCAGGCCAUAGCCAGCCGGAGCCUGAGAUGCUGCCGUCUGAGAAAGCCAAGGGGGGCGUGACCCAGGGCCUGGCGGAGGGCAGGCCCAGCGGCCUCACAUCCCUGGGGCUGUCCAUGCCAGCUCUCCUGAGUGAGGAAGGGGCCCGGUCAGCACAGGGUGGCCUGCAGAACAGUCAGUCUUUGGAAGUUGAAGAGGCAUUGGUGUCCAAACCAGCAGAUGGAAGCUAUUCGGCCCUUUCGGGAUCAGAGAGACACCUGGGACCUAAAAGGAGCGACUCCAGGGUCCCUGCAGAGCCCAGUGCAGCUGUCCCGGAGCGGAGCAGAGCAGCCGGGAGCAGAGCCAGGCUCAAGGAGAUUCUCCACCAGUGUAGCCGGGAGGACCUUGUGGAGCUGGCUCUGCCUCAGCUGGCCCAGGCGGUGACCGUGUAUGAGUUUCUUCUGGUGAAGGUUGAAAGCGGUCACCUAGCCAAGCCUGUGUUCCCAGCUGUGUACAAGGAGUUUGAAGAGUUGCAUAAAAUGGUUAAGAAAAUGUGUCAGGAUUACCUCCAGAGCCCUGGCCUGUGUUCUCAGGAGCCCCUGGAAAUAAACGAUGACAAGGUUGCUGGGUCCUUAGGAAUCACAGAAGAAUUCUUGAGGAAAAAAGAAACACGCACAGAGUGCAUUCCACACACGUGCACCUGCCAAGAGAUAGACAGGGAGGAGCCAGCGGCAGCCAGCCUGAGGAAGAGGCAGAGCGAGCCUGCGGAGGAGGGGCUGGCCUCAGUGAAAAGGACCAGAAGGGCCGCUCUGCCCAAGGAGCUCCCCGAGUCUUCUGCCUGCACUCAAGGCCAACAGAAGCCGCCCGGGUGUGCGCCUGCGGCCAGCGAGGGUUUCAUCCCUCGAGUAAAUGGGGACACCUGCCUCUGCCCUGAGAACGGCCACACACCACCAGGUUCUGAGGGCGACAGAAGCACAGCCCAGGCCGGCCAGCAGCUGAGAGCACUUGCAGACUUAGCAGCCAGGAGCCAGUGUGCAGACCCUGCCCUCUUGUAUCAGGAUGUCCGUGGGCUGGGGCUUUACACUCAACCCGGACAGCCUGGGAUGCUGACCCAGGAGCAGGCAGCAGUGUUCCCCACAGAGAACGCUCAGGGACACUCUUUAGACCUGACCACUGGGGACAGCCCAGGGAGCCAGGGACUUUGCAGCGGCUUGGUGUCCACAGGAGGAGUGGCAUCCCUGCUGCCUGGUGGUUUUGGAGACACUGAGGUAGGAAAGCUCCCCCAGGUGCCUGGCUCUCAUGGGAGCAGCCAGCAAUUCAGCCCCAGUGAGGCCCUGCUUCCUGGGGCUACAGCCCCUCUGCUGGAGAAAGUCUUUUCCCUAGACGCUGAGCCGACGCCCUGUGCCGGCAGCACUGUGUCAGAGUCAGGGCCUCAGCUUGGCCUGGACGGAUUGCUGUCUGCUGAAGGAGGUCUAAGGAGCCACUUGGUGGGCUUGGACCAGUCUGCCUGCGGGACUGGGACUCACAAUGAGCAGAGAGAGCUGGAGGGUGUCAUUGCUGUGGGUGAAACCAUGGCUUUUGAAAUCACCAGUGGCUGCCACAGGCUGCUGUCUCAGGGACAGGAGCAGGUAUUUAUUCAGACUCCUGAGGGGCUUACUGUGCCCCACCCAGGUGCCAUGGUGUCUGGGGAGGACAAUGUCCUACUGACUGAGGCGGAGGGGCUUGCCUUGCAGAUGGGCCCAGCAGGAGGGGUUCCUCUAGAAACUGCCAGGGCAGAGCCCCCUCAGUGAGAUGGAGUCAGAACCUCAGUCCUAGAUUUAUUUAUUUUAUUCAGAGGUUCUAUUUCAAGUAAUGCAUAUUUUUCUAAUGUGAAUACUGACACAGAUGAAUGUUUUACUGUAUUUAUAAAGAUUGAUGUCUUUCCACCCCACGGCC